AUGGAGAUAACAAUACCUUUAUACCCUCAUCCUUCAGCUAGCCCCCAUCCACGUCAACACGAUCCGGAUGCACGCGGACCCCGUGGGCUUGCGACCAGGGUAACUUUCCGGUUUAGUGAAGAGGAUGGCGACCACACUGCCCAUUUUGCUCAUUCGAUGACCUAUGGAUAUCCUUCUCCGUUCAUCGGCAAAAGGUCUCUAGGAAUAAUGCCGUCUUGCCGUGAAGCAAACAUGUACAUAGAAAUCCUAUAUUAG